GCCCCGUGGCCGGUACCUGUUCCCGUUCCCCGCGYUCCCUGCCCGCCACGAGCCCGGUCCAGCGGCAAGAGCCGUCCCUCCRUCCCGCCCGGAAACGCCAGCGGGGCAGCUGGCCGGUGUCACCGCUGUCGCUGCCCGCCGAUGUCCCCCUGCCACUCGGUCUGCCCGCCGGCCCCGGCCCCGGCCCGGCACUGCUGCGGGCAGGAUCCGGGCACGUCCUGCGGGAGAACGGGAUGCGGCUCCGCAGUGUCCCUGUGUGCCGCAGGCGGGCAGGAAACAGGGAAGAGGAUCGAAGGACUGGGGCGGGSAGAGCCAGCAGCUGAGUUGGGAAACGUGGCUAGAGGUAGCGGCCUGAGGAGAAGCCGGGCUGGAUAACAGGCCAGGACGAAACGGGACACCAGUGUGCAACACAGACCCAAAAAUCCAUCCCUGGUGCUGGGUCAUCCUGGGGGAAUGGGAGGAGCCCCUUCGGAGGACAAUAAACUCUGGAAUGAGGAAAUUGUAUUUUGAAGACAACCAAAAGGAGAACGUGUUCUGGGUGUGGCUGCAUGUGAUUUACCCAAUAGCCAAAGUGGGGGGACACCGAAGGGGAAAAAGAGAGCGUCUGCUGCUGAAGGGAGUGGAAGCUGAGGGCUGCAGGAUGAAGACCUCUGGAACCUGUAUACUGUUUUGUCUCUUAGCACUCUUCUUGUCCCCAGCUGAAUGGUUUCCAUGGGUGGUCAAUGGACAAGAAGUGRAAAGUGCAACUGGUGGAGUUACCCCUGACAGCAGCUCUGGUGCAACUCUCACACCACCUGCGCUUGUUCCUCCUGUUCUGUCUGACAGCGAGACAACAGCGGCAUCAUCAGAUUGUCGUGAAGAAAAGUUCCCUUGCACUCGCCUGUACUCUGUUCACAAGCCAGUAAAGCAGUGUAUCAGCUACCUCUGUGUUACAAGUGUACGUCGCAUGUACAUAAUAAACAAGGAGGUGUGCACUCGCACCAUCUGCAAGGAGAAUGAGGUCAUGCAAGAUGAGAUCUGUCGCCAGCUGGCUGGCCUUCCUCCUCGACGUCUCCGCCGAUCCGGGCAGCCCCUGCCUCUCCCUUGCCGACAGCUCCUGGAGCAGCAGGGAAGGCCUGAUGCUCUGUGAGCUACCACAGGAGGAGAGGAAAAGGAAGGGAGAGAAGUCAKCAUCCACUGCCUACAGCCCAAGACAAGUCCUUCUUGUUUGUGAUUUCCCCACCAUUUCUUUGCUUCUAUGCCUUCCACUACAUCCUCUUCCUCAGGUGCUGCAGUACACAGAGUGCCCUCUCUGCUGGUCUGUCAUGGUAGCUGUUGUCACAUUUGUGAUCUGCUGCUGAGGAUAUGGGAUUCUCCCCUCUUUUCUCUCACACUCUGCCUGGCAGGCUGUGAACUGCUCAUUUCCCAGAGGUCUUUAUAAAUGUGCUGCACCUUCUCUUGCUUUGCCCCUGGAGAGAAACAGAAAUGGGGACAGGGCGUGGUUCUCUCCAAUGGUUCAGAUGCCCUAAGCUGCAUCUCAUCUCAUCUUUAUGCCCUAGGACUCCUGCCCUAGAUUGCUUGCCUGGCAUCAGUAUGAGCUCGGAUGUGGCUGGUCAGCCUGAGCCUCUCCGAUUCUCCUGAGCCACUGAGUUUGUUGUGUGAUAGCACAGCCUCYUCCUUGUGUCUGCUGGCCUCAGGGAAAUGAUAGAACUGGGAGAUGAGCUGUCCUGAACCCAAGGCAAACCUCAAUGUCCCUGGAUGGUAACAGAUCAUUUAUAACUACCUCUGGGAAGUUCUUUGUCUCAAGCCCAUCGCCUCCCUCACACACAACUGCUACCAAAGGGAAGGAUUCUGGAUUUAGUAUGGCAUUAUAUUUUACUCAAAMAGAUUAUGUUGGAACAGAGUGCUGCCUCUUCUACUCCUUCCUCUCCUCUCCCCUAUUCUUGCCCCUCCCUUCCCACUGAAGACAUCUCUUGAUGCCCAUUCCAGGCAAGUCCAGGGAGCAGUAAUUACAGCUGCCUCCACUCCUAAGCCCAAGAAAGCCCAUGAAGAACCUGUGUGGCCUGACAUUACUGAGAACUUGCAAUGAAUUAUCUUGUCCUGGKGUCUGGCUACCUCCACACUCUCCASCUGCUGUGCCUGCUGUCAAUAUCUGCAGUURAGUUCCUACCUCCUGACCUGGAAGCUCCUGCACAAAGCAGAAAGGAGCCACAAAUUGGAAUCAGAUAUGGGAGCAGAAUCAUUAUCUGGGAUCUCUGGUUAUCUGGGACCUGGGAUUUUCCUGCAGCUUCUCUGGCUCUGCUGACCUGCACAGAGCCAGGUGCUGAUGGGGAAGGUAAACAUAUCUGCAGGUAUAWGCACUUAGGCAGGCCAGCCUGAGCAGAAGAAUUCACUCUGGUAGCACUGGAUGUCUGCUCGGGAACUUUGUUUUCUAGAUAUAUGGAGAGCAUUUCCAGGUAUAUGGCAGCAUUCAUGGUGAGACUGGGUAGGGUAAGUGAGGAAGAGCAGUCUGAAUUGUGUUAAUCAAUCCAUGUGACUCUUAGUGGCAUGAUUCUGUGGGGCACCGGGGCUCUGCAGCAGAGGAUCAGCAAGACCCUGUCUCUGGAUCUCUGUGUUMCCAACUAUCUGAAAGGCAGUUUGCUAGAUUAGGCAAAUCACAUAAUAAACUCUUCUGCUGAACAGAGACCAUUCAGCCCUGCCAUGCUGCACAGAGCCACCUUCAGACGGCACUGGGGACAGUUUGCUGCACAGAAACAGCGCAAAACGAUUCAUGUAGGAUUGUCUCACCAGGACCUGCAUUUCUGAGGUGUGCAGCAAGAAGCUGGUUACAUCCUCUGUGUAGAGGAAGACACCCUGUGCAGACAGAUUCCAUAUGAAGUCAAAAUUAGCCCUAGAUGGGCUAAAUCUCUCUCUAUUAAUCCAGUAUACAGGAGAAAGAAUUCCAAGUUGUGUGGUGACUAGAAUUUUGUCMUACACAUAGAAGGAUUGCACCCCUACACCGAGGACGAUGGUCCUCUCAAGUACUCCAGGCUCAUGAGAGUAGGAAUGAAAGAGGGAUUUCUUUAUACUGAGAGGGUCUACAUUUGUGUAGAGAGGAGAUCACUGAGCUUCAUCUCAAAGACAUUCAAGCCACUGGCUUCCAUGCUGGGAUACCUGUGAGAAUUGCCUGUAUGGAGGAUGGUAGGAUGGAGAUGAGGUGUGAGAGGGAGAUCUUGGAAACUGGACUAGGUCAAGUCUCCACUCUGUAUUUAGAGUUGAAUAUAUGUCGCUAUAGAUGCAUAACUGGGUAACAUAGCUACUGUACAGCAUAUAGAAAUUUAACUUUCAUACAGAUUGGGAAGUGGUUAGAAGCCUUUCUGUUGCUUGCUUUCAGCAGGGACAGGAAGAGGUGCUCCUCUCCAGGAGAACACUGUUUUAAUGCUAGAGUCUAUAUAAUCCAUAUUAAAAGAAAAUUUAUUUCCUGUUAUUCUUGGCAACUCUCAUGUGUUUGGGUUUAUUUGUCUCCUGUUGUAUUUCCUCCAGAUUUAUGGGGAGACUUGAUUCCAGCUCAACUCUAUCAUUUAGACCUUUUUACUCCCUGCUAGCCUAGUCCUCUGCUGUCACCCUCCCUUCACUCAUGAAUCACAGAUCUUUCUGGGAACUCAUUUUUUUCUAGAGAAAACAUUUUCUCCAAAACUUUUUUUUUUUUUUUUUUUCAAUCAUGGAUAGCUGUGCUAGAUUUUCCUGACAAUUGGUAGCUGUUGAACACAGGGAUAACUCCUCCCAGCCCAUGAAAUUUGUGCUGAGGACACAUCUUUUCACUGUACAUGUGCCAUGAGUUUCUGAUGGAGAAUUAGCAUCUCCAAGUAAAACGGUAAGAUGACUGAAAUAGGAGAAAAGCUGUAAUAAAUAUCACAAAAGCAGAGAAAUUUUUUUUCAAUACAACCAUUUAACUCUAUAAUGGGAAUAACUGAAAGACUAUGUUAAAAAUUACACAUCUAGGUCAAAAGGAUUAGGAAMAUUUCUUUUUCAUUGAUUUUCUGACUUUUGCAUAGUUUUAUCAGGUACUGACUGUACAUCACAUUUUGCUUGAAAAAAUGGAGCCCUAAGACGUGGGAGACUCUGAGCAAUGUCUUCAAGCAGUCAAGUCUGUGUUUAGAUGGUAUUUCUAGAACAAAAGUGGCUGUGGGCCAAAUUACCCAUUAGGCUGCCUCUGAGAGUGCCCCAUAGAUCUUCAGGAUUAAUCCACACAAUGCAGGUUAUUGCACAACGCUCUCCUCUGGAGUCAGUGCCCCUUCCUGGCUGAAGCUGCGGUGUCCUGAUCUCGCACUGCUCUGAUGGAUGCAGCCUCAGCCCCAGUGACUGCAGAUAUUGUUCCCACCUGCACAGGCCAGACCUGCUCUGUCUCAUGAGCUCUUGGCCUUUGCAGUGUCCGUCCUUUGGCACUUUGCCCUGGCUGUGUGAGCCAAGCACAAUAUAUGCCAUCAACUUUAUGUGAUUCAGCUUAUUCUUCCUUUGCCUUGCAGUACAAGAGUCUGCACAGGCUUCAAUAGCACUUAUCCCACACACACAUUUCUCUCCUUUGCCAUUCCAACCCAAAUUGCCGUGGUAUUUGGACAGUGCCUUCUCUUGCAAGCCAGGGAAGUGUUUCUAAGUACAGCUGCAGCUAGGUGUGCUGCUCAUGCAGUUGGGCUAGCCACAAAGAAAGCUGUCAGAGCCCUGUUUUGACAAGCAUGAUUUGGCAUUUGUGGCUGAUUCUCAUAAACUCUCCUGACCUGGAGCAGGAGUUAGAUGCCCAGAAGUUACUCCCACACAAUGCUGUUCCUGUUUCUUUUGCUGUCACAGCUCCCCAGUACCAACCAGUGUGACCAGUUUGAAGGCUGCUGUUUCAGUCCAGUGCUCCAAUGUCUGCUCCCCAGUUUGAAGCAGUGCCUCACUGUUGGGUGUAUGGAGCUGAAAAGCAUGGGGAAGCUGUUGGAAGCAGCUGCCAUGUCACCUAGAAGCUCCUGAAACUUCUUGUCUGAAUCUUGUUCACAAGAAACCACAGCAUGAGCAAAAGUGUGGUGACAUCGGGCAUCUCAGCUUGGAGGGAUCCCUCAGGGAAAUACUGCUGGCUGCCAUGUGCCAUUGUCUACACAGAAGGGACUGGUGCUUUCAGCCCAUCCAAAAAGAGCACCUCUAUGAGGCAAAGAAGAGCUGGGUUGAAACCAAAAGGAAUUUCAUCUUAAUUUUUUUUAAAGAAAUUGUUUGGGUGGGGUUUUUUCCAGAGAUAUUAAAGGUACACGGUCUUACAGUAUUGACUCCUGGCAUCACAUAGUCUGACAUUGUUUGACAGUGUACAUUUGUCCAGUUGUGAACAGUGCCUUGAUUGGGGGAAACCUGAAUUCCAGUUCUGAAUCUCUUCAUCCCUGCUCUUCACUCCCUGCCCUCUGAUCUUUAGCAUAUUGCUUCUUUCUCUUUUUUUCCAUGACAUCCUUAGCCCCUGUAAUGAAGCAGGUUAGAAUAAACUCCCACAAAAUAGAGAGCUGGAUUUUAGUCCAUUAAAAACAAGUUAUUUAAAAGUAUAUAUGAAACAUCACAAAGGUAUUUGACUGUCUAC